AUGUCUCAUCCUUCUAAGCCUCUCCCCGAAGCCUUCUGGCCAACUAUCAAACAGGCUAUAGACAAGGGUAGCAACACCAAUUCUGACAACCAGGCCAUCACACCUCAAUGCCCCAUCUGUAUGGAGCCACUCCCAGUGAAAUCAUUCCCUACCGAAGGUGAGUUGGAUGCUGAGGUCUUGCUCUGCGGUCAUGUUCUCUGCCAGCCAUGCCGUGAAACAUGGGAGCAGAGUGAGUUGGGAAACCGGUGCCCUGCGUGCCGAACCACUCUCAUCUGCAUUCGGUGUGAAGUAAACGCGAUCCCCCUCACUAUCCCCAAGAAUGGCGAAGGAUCUAGUCUUCCCCCAGGUAUUCCUGAGGGCACUCAAAAGUUUUGUCCUGACUGUCAAGCUGAGGUUGAGUUUCACAGGGCCGUUGAGAACGGUGAGUGGCCUCGUAAUCUAGAUGACUUGGAGCCUGGGUUUGUCAGCCUCUUCUACCAUGUUGUUAAUGACAUUGAGAAGGAUGGCGGUGUUGCUACAGAGGGCAGGGUUCAAGAAGCGGUUUCUGAUACCAUCAUGCAGGAGUUUUCAAACAUGAUGGAGAGUCGUCGCAUGGUUACGCUUGGCCGGGGGAAUACACUGCGACAGGCGAAUCCAUGGUACGCUGAGAACAACAGCCAUCAGGAAAACCGUCGUGUGGGGGUUAUCGGCUUUGACUCGGACGAUGACCCGGAGCCUCGUGCAAACACUCCUGCUGGUGUCCCUCAUCUGGUUCGAGAUCCUUUUGUGCUCAGGGUGGGUGAUAGUAUUGAAGUCCAGCAUAAUCCACCACUGCUACGAACUGGUUAUGCCCGCCCGGGCGUUGCCCCUGGCAUGAUACAUGCGGUGUAUUCGCCGCCUCCUAGGUCCAAUGGACCAUCUGGUGUCCAGAACGGCGUCGCGCGUCCAGAUUCAGCAGCACCACGACCCGACAAUGUAAGCCCCAUUGUCCGAGCAAUUUGGGGACCAGAGGUAGGAGGAGAAAGAAGAGCUCGAGGAGAAGUAGAAGCAGUGCCUCGAGACACAGAUGAACUGAUGAGGGCUUCAAGGCAAGUACCGUUUCCUGUCUUUGCACCUCCCAGCGAAGCAAGACAGACAGCUGGAUCAGCUGAAGAUGAUAAUAGGCAGCCACCCGAUGCUGACGAACUUAGACGCUGGGCUGAGUUUCUAGCACGGGAGGGCAAUUCUUCUCCAGCGACAGGCGAAGCGGCCAGACCAGCUGCAGGGUCUAUGGCAGAUCAGUCUCGUUCUGCAGCUCCCAGAGCAGCAUCACAGACAACAGCAAGACCAGCUCGAAACCAUCCAGAGGGGUCGGCGGCUGCAAUUCUUGAGCAAUUCAGGCCCUUGAAUGACCUCUUAGAACGGCGUUUUACUAGACCAGCUGAUAUGCCUACCUUUGACGAGCUUGUUGAUAAUGCGGAUGCGUAUACGGCUGCCCACCUUAAUGAUGAUGCAUGGCCCCCCCGAACAUAUGCGGAGUAUGUGGCAGCGGACAACGAUUAUCUGAGAAGGAUUGUGGAGAAUAGAACGGCUGCAUCGUCGUCCAGUGCCUCACAGAACUUGAGCUCUAUGGAUCAGGACGACAGCGCUGAGAUGUCAUCAAGCGAUCAGCCCGUCUCCGAGCGCUGA